AUGGGGAGGGCGCCGUGCUGCGACAAGGCGAGCGUGAAGAAAGGGCCGUGGUCGCCGGAGGAGGACGCCAAGCUCAAGGCCUACAUCGAGGAGAACGGCACCGGCGGCAACUGGAUCGCGCUGCCGCAGAAGAUUGGGCUGAAGAGAUGUGGCAAGAGUUGCAGGCUUAGAUGGCUGAACUACCUGCGGCCAAACAUUAAGCACGGUGAUUUCACGGAAGAAGAGGAGCACAUCAUUUGUAGCCUCUACAUUAGCAUCGGGAGCAGGUGGUCGAUCAUCGCGGCGCAGCUGCCGGGGAGAACGGACAACGACAUCAAGAACUACUGGAACACGAAGCUGAAGAAGAAGCUCCUCGGGAAGCGCGCGCCGUCGCGCCGCGCCCGCGCGAACCAGGACCCCUGUGGUCUAGCAGGCGGCGGCGCAACAGGCGGCGCCGCCAGCUGCGGCGGCGGCGGAACCGCGGCGGCGCAAGACCUGAGCUCGUCGGCUCUCGAGCGGAUCCAGCUCCACAUGCGCCUCCAGGGCCUCUACAGCGCAUUCGGCUGCACCGCCAGCAGCAACGUCGUCACGCCGCCGCAGUGGCCCAAGCUGGAGACGCUGAUGCCGAACAGACCGCUCCCGGCCGUUCAGCCGACGGACGCCGUCGCCACCGCUGCCACCGUGCAACACCCCCCUCACCUGGUCGUCGGCCAGCACACUCUCGGCGCCGUGGCCACCGCCACCACCUCGGAGCCGUUCCAUGCUGAGCAACUCGACCCUGCGGCGGCCGGUGCGAACUACUUGCCGGGAUCCCUUGACCAGAGGGCCAAGCUAGGGUUUUGCACUUCUUCUGCUGAAGCUUCAGCGGGAGUGACCAGUGUAGAGAUGACCUCGUCGUCAAUGGCGAGUGGGUUCGCCGGCUACGGUAUCCACGACGAGCUAUAUGACUUCCUCUACAAGUGUGAAUCAGGAGCGCAAGACAGCCUCAUCCCUUCCUUGCCGGAGCUGCAGUGCCCGGACGGCAGCGCCAUCAUCGGCGCCGACGAGAAGUUCUCGACGUGGACGUCGUCUUGCGACUAUGGUUCGGGCGGCUCCGGCGAAUACGGUUUAGGGUAUGAUCAAUAAUAGAUUUUGCUGUGGUGCGCUAGCUACAUAUAUAUUACAUUCAGUGAUAUGAUCCAAUUGAUAGCUAGUACUUGGUAUAUGAUAUGCAUGUAAGCUCGGUUUCGAUUGAUCUUGAACUUUCUGUUAAUACUUAAAUGAAUGUAUGUGAAUUAAAUUAAACUACUGGUUUAAUUGCCAUGUUUUU